CUCUCGUGUUGCAUUAUUUCGGGCAUGCGCAAAACACUCUCUCUCUCUUUCUCCGACGCCAUUUUUGCGAUUUCAAGAUGUCGCAGUCAGUGCAAGUUUUUGGCCGUAAGAAAACUGCCACAGCGGUGGCCUUCUGCAAGCGUGGUAAUGGCAUGAUCAAGGUCAACGGGGUACCCCUCCAUCUGGUGGAACCCUCAACCCUCAGAUUCAAGGUUGAGGAGCCAAUUCUGCUUCUAGGCAAGGAGCGCUUUGAGGGUGUUGACAUCCGUGUGCGCGUUAAGGGUGGAGGGCACACCAGCAGAAUCUAUGCUAUCAGACAAGCCAUCUCCAAGUCUCUUGUGGCCUACUACCAGAAGUAUGUGGAUGAGGUUUCCAAGAAGGAAAUCCGUGACAUCCUUGUCCAGUACGACCGAUCACUGCUUGUCGCUGACCCCCGUCGUACCGAGGCCAAGAAGUUUGGUGGACCUGGUGCCCGUUCACGCUACCAAAAAUCUUACCGUUAAUCUCUACUGCGCUGUCAUGUAAAUUGUCUGCUCAAUAAAACACCUGCAGUAUGUGAAUGCAGAAAA